AUAUUCAAGUACUCAACUAUUCAUGGCUAGGUAUCUAUUUGUAAGUUGGCACUUUUAUUAUAAAUCACGAAGAGAGAGGAUCGAAAAGAUUCAUAAUUUUUUAACAUAACCUUUUAUUAAGUUGUUUAUAAACUGGAGGACAAGUAUGAGGAGCUUGGAGCUUUUUCAAAUUACUGCUAUUUCAAUUAUCGUAUUGGGUUUUAUUAUUUUAGGUCAAUCUAAAUCCAUACAAAAAAUCAUUCCAGUUCAAACUAUGGAUGAUGCAGCCACUUUUUUAACAAAGUUUGGUUUUAUGGAAGAGCAGGAUGGGUAUAUUCCAACAGAUAAAGUUACAGAUGCUAUUGAACAAUAUCAAGAGUUCUACGGGUUGGCUAAGACUGGACAACUAGAUACAAAAACCCUCAGUGAUAUGAAUAAAGUACGUUGCGGAUUUCCAGAUGUGCAACAGAAGAAAAGACGGCAAAAGCGCUUUGUUAUCUCGUCAUACAGUUGGACGGCUCCAAUUAUUACUUGGAAUUUCUUGAACUAUACUGAAGACUUAACGAUAGAGGAACAAGUUGAGGCAUUUGAAUAUGCAUUUGAACAAUGGAGCUUGCCGAGCAAACUUGUUUUCGUAAGGGUGCAUUCUUCUCCAGAUAUUCUCAUAUACUUUACAGAUAUAGAUGGCGAGAAUGGCAUACUGGGUACCGCCGAACUACCAAUUUUUCCAAACCACAACGUCACCAUUAGAUUUGACGAAGGAGAGAAAUGGAGUACUGCAGAUGAUAAAACUCAUUUAUCGAUAGUGGCUGCUCACGAGAUAGGCCAUACUUUAGGUUUACUUCAUUCGAAAGUACCUGAUGCUAUGAUGUUUGCACAGUACAGCUUCAAGGGUCCAAAUUAUAAAUUACAUGUCGAUGAUAUUUUAGCUAUUAAGGAAUUGUAUGACACUAAAGAAACUUGUAUUUCGGGCGAUGGAAUUGUAAUAUUAAAGGACGGCAAUCGAGUCAAUGUAAGCAAUUUAAAAAUUGGCGAUGUUAUACAGACAUCUGAAGAAACGUACAGUCCUGUUUUAACAAUGCUAGAUAAAAAUGAUAAGACUCCUACACUGUUUAUUCGCAUUGAAACAAGCCUUGGAAAUUCUUUGAAAUUAACACCUAAACACUUAAUUGCCGUUCAAUCAAAUAUACUUGAAAAAGAAUUUGUGUUUGCUGAAAAACUUCAAAAUGGUUCAAAAGUAUAUGUUCAUAUUGACGGAAAAGAGGUUGAAGAUGAAAUUGUACAUGUUGAAAAAACGGUAGAAAAAGGCUAUUAUGCUCCUCUGACGAAUGAAGGAACUCUCAUAGUCAAUGGUAUCGAGAUAUCGUGCUACGCUUUAAUUGAAGAUCAAGAAUUAGCUCAUCUAUCGAUGACACCUUUAAGAUGGUUUCUACAAAUAUACGAAAUGAUAUUUAGUGAGAGUUUCGACGAAAAUCCAACAGAUGGCAUUCACUGGUAUGGUCGCUGGUCUUACAAUUAUUUAUUACCCAUUGUUGAUAAAAUUGGGUUAAUAAGCUUAUAG